UCUACCCUUUCAAACCUUUCCUCUCCCCUUUCAAACCCAGCGGACCAGACCCUCCUAUUCAACUUCUUCCUUUUCAUUUGCACUCAUGAAUUCUCUCUCUUCUCCAUACAGGAACUGAUUUCUCCCCUCUCUCCCUUGACUAUUACAAGCUCCCAUAAACAACAACUCCUCUUGGGAGUCCUUUAAAGAAACGGAACGAACACAACAAAGAAGGAAUCAAGGAAAUACAUGGCUUCCAUGAACAUGAACAACUGGUUGGCUUUCUCUCUUUCACCUCAAGAGCUUCCCUCACAGUCUCAAAACCAUGCUCAGCCCAACAUCUCUCGCCUCGGAUUCAACUCUGACGAUAUCUCUGGAACCGAUGAUGUCUCCGGUGACUGCUUCGAUCUUGCUUCAGAUUCAACGGCUUCUUCACUUAACAUCCCUAACUUAAGACCAGAUGGGCCUCUUGGUAUCUUAGAAGCUUUCAACAGAACCAAUCAACCACAGUCCCAAGAUUGGAACUUUAAAACAAACUCAGAGCUUUCCAGGCUGAUGAGAGGCUCAAACAGUAAUCACAACAUUGAUCAAGAGGAGCCCAAGUUGGAAGACUUCCUUGGUGGCCAUUCUCUCACCGACCAUGACCAUAAACUUGCGAGGUGCAAUGUCAAGACAACCACAGCCUGCGAUAGACCCACUGGAGAUUACAUAUUCUCCAACUGUUCUUUACAGCUUCCGUCUGCGCCGAACAUGGCGACAUCAAACAGUUGUGGUGGUGGUAGUGGUAGCAGUGCAGUGACUGUAAGCGACACCACCACCACCAACAACUCUAUUGGGUUGUCGAUGAUAAAGACAUGGCUGAGGAACCAGCCGGCACCGACACAGCCGGAGAGCAAGAACGAGGGAGGGAGUAUCUGUGGUGGGUCACCUGCUGUGGUGGUCAAUAAUGGAACCCUAACAAGUGCUCAAACUCUUUCAUUAUCGAUGAGUACUGGGUCGCAGUCAAGCUUGGCUUUGCCUCUUCUUGCAGUAGCCGGUGGGAGCACCAACGGGACCGGUAGCAGCGGUGAGUGUUCCUCGUCAGAAAAUAAGGAGAAGACAACAACGGGUCUUGAUAGCCAGACUGGUGCUGUAGAGGCUGUGCCAAGGAAAUCUAUUGAUACUUUUGGGCAAAGGACCUCCAUCUACCGGGGUGUAACAAGGCACAGAUGGACUGGUAGAUAUGAAGCUCAUCUAUGGGACAAUAGCUGCCGAAGAGAGGGACAAACGCGUAAGGGAAGGCAAGUCUAUUUGGGUGGUUAUGACAAAGAAGAAAAAGCAGCAAAAGCUUAUGAUUUAGCUGCAUUGAAGUAUUGGGGUACAUCCACCACAACAAACUUUCCUAUUAGCAGUUAUGAAAAAGAGAUUGAAGAGAUGAAGAAUAUGACAAGGCAGGAGUAUGUUGCAUCUCUAAGAAGGAAAAGUAGUGGGUUCUCUCGGGGUGCAUCUAUCUAUCGUGGAGUCACGAGACACCAUCAACAUGGAAGAUGGCAAGCUAGGAUUGGAAGGGUAGCAGGGAACAAGGAUCUCUACUUGGGCACAUUCAGCACGCAAGAAGAAGCAGCUGAGGCCUAUGAUAUUGCAGCCAUAAAAUUCCGUGGUCUUAAUGCGGUUACCAACUUUGACAUGAGCAGAUAUGAUGUAAAUAACAUACUUGAGAGCAGCACUUUACCUAUUGGAGGAGCUUCAAAGCGUUUGAAAGAAGCGGAACAGACUGAAACAACAAAUGUAUUGGAUGGUCGAAGGAGUAGUAGUGAUCAUGACAACAACAACAGCAACAACAUCAAUAAUUCUCAUCAGCUAAUUGAUGGGUUUAACAGUUAUGCUGCAUCACACCACCAUGGAUGGCCCACCAUUGCAUUUCAACAGCAGGCUCAACCAUUAAGUAUGUACUAUGGUCAGCAAAGAACAGGUUGGUGUAAGCAAGAACAAGAAGAAGCAGCAGUAACUGCACAUAGCUUUCAAGAUCAUCUUCAACAGCUGCAAUUGGGCAAUAAUACCCAUAACUUCUUCCAGCCUUCUGUGAUGCACAAUCUCAUGAGCUUAGAUUCGGCCUCUUUGGAAAAUAGCUCGGGCUCUAAUUCCGUUAUUUACAGUAGUGGCGGAAAUGGUGGUGGCGGCAGUGGGGGUGGCAGUGGAGGAAGUGGUGGUAGCAAUGGUAUUUUUCAUGUAGUUGGUGGUGGAAACAACAGUAGUUGCUACGUGUUGCCUAUAAGUAGUAGUACAGUGAUAUCUGAUCAGCAAAGCAACAACCAGCAUAAUCUGGGGAGUUGUUAUGGGGAUAAUAUUGAUGUUAAGCAAAUGGGAUACGAAAAUGAUCCAUUCCAGCAAGCUCGGAAUUUAUAUUAUCUCUCACAGCAGCAACAGUCGGCAGGAUUAAUGAAGGUUAAUAAUAAUGGGUAUGAUCAUCAUCAGGUUCAGGGCUCAAGUUGCAACAACUGGUUGCCCACUGCGGUACAGCCUCUUGCACCUGCUAGGUCCAACAAUCUAGCUGUUUGUCAUGUAGCUCCAAUUUUCUCAGCAUGGAAUGAAACUUGAAGACUUUAUGAAGGAAUGGACGCAAAGAAAUGAGAGAAGGGAAUGUAUAAAGCAUAUUAAUUUCUGAUUUUGAAUUUUUUUUUUUUUUUUUUUUCAGAGAAAGAGAGACUCUCUUGGAAAAGAUCAACUAAAAGAUACUAUUACAGAAGGGAUUUAUCUGAAGUUCAGUGAUAGAAUGUGACUGUCAGGUCUCAUUCUCACUUUUUUGUGAACUUCAGACCAAUGGAUCCUCGGGAAGUUUAUAACUUCGGGUUUUGUCACU